AUGAUAAAGGAAUGGAAAAAUAACCUGGAAAAAGAAACCGACGACGAUAGACGACAGAUAACACAGAGGGCGGUGAACGUUGCCGAACAGGCCAUCGAUGAUGCAAGGCUGGAAAUGGGACAGGUACGUAGGUCGGAAGAGGGAACACACAGGUACAGGGAAAUAGUAAGGGACAACAUCCGAACAAAAUUUGAGAGAUUCCACGUGUGGGCAAAAGAAUACAUGGGGGCGUUAGCUGCCAUUGCCAUCUCCAUUGCCGGAAUUAUUACGACUGUAGUGUGGCCGGAAAGAAGACCAUCACGGGAGCAGCUAAUGGACUUGGAGCUGCCGGAAAAGCGUUGGCAAAGUUUGCAAAUUAAACCUGCACUGCCAAUUCUGGUACCUAUUUUAAACAUGUUAAGUACGAUCCUAAGUUGGGGAGCCAAGGGUCUUGCCUUCCUCGCCCAGAAUUUGUGGAUCGUGGCGAUCGUAAUUGCCGGGCUAUAUUCAGGUAUUUGCAAAAUAGACGUAAAAAAUAAAUAUCCUUUUGUACUAUACUAAAACAUAAUGAACCGAACGGUUGAACUUAUGCCUGAUUUCCGACGUAUGAACAAGGCAGAAAUCACCAGAGAUAGGACCGACACGUCCUAACCUUCAACCCCAACUCUCCCAGACCCGAAGAAGAAAUUUUUGAUAAUAUUCCAAAACUAAAAGCCGACUACGUUCUCGUACCGGACAGUAUGACCCUUGUCUUCGACUUUAAGAACAGUAACACAAAAUCCUGGUUCAGAAACAACUUAGGAAAACUACUCCAAAGGAGAUUGGAAAUUCGCCUGGCAGGAGAAAAAGUCUACGAUAACAACGGAGAUAGUUUGUGGGAGGUCUUUUAGGGCCUAUGGUUAUACAAGAAAAGCGUGACGACAUGGUGGAGGAUGGCAUCGCUAGCGAAGCCACAAGGAAGAAAAUAUCCAAAGACGAUGCUGUAAACGACGAUGUGGAUGCCGCCGCAUUGUUCGAAGUAUUUGGAACAAAACAAAGAAUCCGAAUCGGUAAAAUCCUAAAAGAUCACGGACUCUACGCUCCACACAAUAUGUGUGAUCAAACGCUAACCAACUUUUUCAAAGACAAAAAGUUCGCGUUGGUCAUCGAUGUCAGAACCGUAAACGAUGUCAGCACAUUUGGAAACGGGCUAAAAUUCAAAACACUCAGUCUGGAAUACUGGUGGAAAUCACGAAAAAAGCUACAACUGCGAACGUCGUAUGUCACAUGUUCGUUCUUUCUGACGGUGUUAUCGGAAUUGAAAACGGACAACUAG